AUGGGUGGCUGGGUGCCAGAAUCGGACAAGGAGGACUCUCUAAGCCAUGUUCGUCAUUCACGCAAAGAAGCAUACUUCCGGAAGAUCCUCCUCGUCACAGGAGCAGCAACCAUACUCUUAUCACUAACAACAUACUGUCUCCUCCGCCUCAACCUCCACCAGCUCAGCAUCUCAAAUUGCAGCCACUCCGCCGCCGAAGCCCGUGCCAAUGGCUGCCACUACGAGCCCAUGCUCGCCUCAUGGAUUCCCACCGAAUGCUAUGAGCCCGAGCCUCGCGACGAGUACGCACCAUACGACGACCGCGCCUGGUUCUGGGACUACAACAUGACCAUACCCAUGAUUGGCGAAGAUCUUGAACGGAAACGUCGCGGGGACGAUAUCACCGGCUACACCAAGUUCUUCCAUGACGAGCACUGUUUGUAUGCCUGGCGGAAGCUGCAUCUUGCGGUGGAGAAGCGACGAAAGCUGGUCGACAGCAAGACGAUGGACUUGCAUCAUUCGACGCACUGUUCGAAGCGCAUUGCGAAGCUGAUAUACAAUGUCGGGAUGUGGGAUAUAAUGAGACGCUGGACCAUACUUCGCGGUCGCCGGUCAUGUAUCAGACUUGUGUGCCGUUGCCUUGGAAGACGCGGUGGGAUUGGAUAA